AAACUGUCGACAGUGGAACAAACAAGCGGUGUUGGAUGUGUACACUGGAUCGUUGCGUAUUGAGUUAUGUUUGAAGGUACAUUCAUGUUUUUCUUUCAGAAUUCACGAGUACCGUUUUUCUAUAGCAAACGAAUUCUUGAACAUUUGGAGAAAUGCCUGUUUUGUAAAUUGGAGACAGGCUACUCACGUGGAAGAACGUAGCCAAAGCGUGACGGUUGUGUCUGAGGACUGCAUUGUGACACAGGACCCCACAUACACAAAACACAGCCCUGUGAUGAGGAACAUGAGCUAAUAUCGGAGUUAAAGUGAUUAUGAAAUCUUGGGUUUUAGUCUCAAUUUUGCUGUCGCCUCUAUGGUGCAAUCUGCAACACCAUGCACUGUGUUUGACUGUGGAGUCGAGCCACAAGCCGAUGGAGUUCAGCGCUACCACUUCAGUAAAUUAUACUGGUUUCAAGAAUGAUUUGAAUUUCUUUGAAGAUAAGCCUUUCGAAAUACUACUGAAGGGGACAGAUGACGAAUGUCACCUGGUCAUGAAGCAUCCUCCAGAUGAGCGCUGUGCUUUUGUCCAGAGCACUCCUGACUGCUCCCAGGAAGAUGGCUUCAUCAAUUACUUGCACAUGGCCUUCUGUCUGUUCCCUCCCCACCUCUUCCCACUUGCCAUCUUCCUCUUUAUCGUGUGGCUUCUCUUCCUAUUCAUGGCCCUCGGAGUUGCUGCAUCUAAGUUCUUUUGUCCAAAUCUGUCUGCCAUCUCCUCCAUCCUGCGGCUGACUCACAAUGUGGCUGGGGUGACAUUCCUUGCUUUUGGGAAUGGAGCACCAGAUGUGUUCAGCGCAAUGGUGGCAUUCUCGCGCCCCCACACAGCAGGCUUGGCUAUUGGAGCACUUUUUGGUGCAGGGAUCUUUGUCACCACUGUGGUGGCAGGUAGUGUUGCCCUAGUCAAGCCCUUCACUGUGGCAUCCCGCCCCUUCCUGCGCGACGUUAUCUUCUACAUGGCCGCUGUAUUCUGGACCUUCGUCAUCCUUUACAAGCGUCACAUCUCACUGGGGGAGGCCCUGGGAUACAUUUCCUUAUAUGUUGCAUACGUCUUCACAGUCAUCAUCAGUGCCUACAUUUAUAACCGGCAGAAACGCUCCAUAAAUGGACCUUUACAAAAUGGCUCUACACAUACCCCAGCAGACCUUCAGUCUGACUCUGAUGAUGACAGCCCCAGUCUGCCUAAUGGGAGCAUCCAGGACUAUGAGAACGAGUACCAGCCCUUGCUUCCCUACACAGAGUCUACCAGCCAAAUUUUCCUCAACUCCAUUAAUCCUGUCGACAGUAGAAAGUGGAGGAGAAAACCCUGGUAUUGGAAAGCCAUCAAGGUUAUCAAGCUGCCACUAGAGGUGCUUCUUCUGCUCACUGUGCCAGUGGUGGACCCUGACAAAGACGACCGCAACUGGAAACGGCCGCUGAACUGUCUGCAUCUUGUCACUGGGCCAUUGGUGUGUGUGCUCACCUUCAGCUCAGGGAAAUAUGGGCUGCAGUACAUUCAGGGGGAGUUUCCAGUGUGGGCACUGACUCUGAUCACUGGCCUGUUCCUCUCUGGCAUUGUCUUCUGUACCACCACCAAUGAGCAGCCGCCGAGAUACCAUUUUGUCUUCUCCCUGCUGGGGUUCGUGGUGAGUGCAUUGUGGAUCAGCACGGCAGCGUCUGAGGUGGUCAGUGUGCUGCGCGCUCUGGGUGUAGUCUUCAGCCUCAGUAACACUGUGCUGGGCCUCACCCUGCUGGCCUGGGGCAACAGCAUUGGAGAUUUUUUCUCUGACAUCACCAUUGCACGGCAGGGAUACCCGAGAAUGGCUAUCUCAGCCUGCUUCGGGGGCAUCAUCUUCAAUAUGCUCUUUGGCGUAGGGCUGGGCUGCCUGCUACAGCUAUUCAACCACAAGCAUGUGGUCGUGCUGGAAUCAGAGGGACUGCUGGGGUGGGUGCUGGCAGGGGCACUGGGCCUCAGCCUGGUACUGUCCUUUGUGCUGGUCCCUUUGCAGUGCUUCCACUUGGGCCGCGCCUACGGGGUCUUCCUGCUACUCUACUAUGGCGUGUUCCUACUGGUGGCGUUACUCACUGAGUUCGGACAGAUCCACAUGGGCGGGGUGUGACUGACACACUGUGGUCACAGCAGAGGCUAAUGGCACGCGUCAAUCUUUCAAGCGUUCUUUCCCCUCGGUAGGAUGGAAAAAGAUUACGGAAUCAACCCCAAGGUAACCGAGGGACAUAAUUUUAACAUGAGGGUUAUUACACACAGAAGUUAUAUUUUUCUGUAAAUACAGGAAACUACUUUUGGUUGUUUUGUUAGUAACGGCAGUGAAUUCUUUCUAGCACACUAAACCCAUGUAUUAAAGCCUGGUGUUCUCAGGAAUCUUUUGGUAUGAUCCUUUAAGGACCCUUACACUGCAGUCAGUGCAUUCUGGCUGAGAAAUCUUUAACUAUAUGGGGCUGAUCUAAGCAAACUGUGAAAACUGGGGUCAGGGUUGCCCUUUCCACCAAGCACCAAGAAACUCUUCAGUUUGUGUGAUUGAGUUUCACAGGCAUAUCACGUAUUUGCUCCUCACUUUAAAAAAGGGGAAAAGCAACAUUGAGGCAUUUUUAUGUAGUUGUGUAAUGUAUUAUGUUUUUUUUAUACACAGACAAUCAAAUCUGGUUUUCUGUCUUGUCCAGGGGAAUUGAUUGUCCAGUGGACAGAUGGGUUUUUCUCACUAAACACUGAAGCACACUACUUCAGAGCCAGUCUACUUUAGUUACCUUUGCCGGUGUCAGUCUGUGUUUUGCUGAGGAGCACAUCACAGCUCGCUAGACAUAUGUCUGAGCUGUGGGUCUCCCACGUAUUCACUUGUGGUAUGGGUGGAAAGGUAGGAGGGUUUUUCCUCUGUUUUGAGGGACUUCAUUUUGUGGUCUACUGCAUGUAAGGGGUUAAGCUGAUGAACAAAAUUGAGGGUCAGUGGUAUCAAGUUGGUUUCUGUGCUUAGUUUUUUCAUAGUUUAAUGUAGAUUAACUUCUUAUGGAUUUGCCAUGACUUUGAAAGCAGGGAGAGCAGCUAAAAGUAUGGGGAUGUUUUUGGCUUCUAGAGUAAACAAUAACAAGACUGGCAUUUCCAGUUUCAAGAACAGAAAACAAGGAGGGCACACAAGUGCCUUUAAUUCACUUUAUACUCUGUUCCAGUAGAGGGAAAACAGAAGUAUUCUGCUACUGCAGUACCUGUAGCCUUGAAGCAGUUGGUCCCUUGUGUUAAACCUCUACAUGGAAAAGAAGGGAACGCUCUUCUUAAAUUUAACUUUGUAAUAAUGCUGUGCCAAUGCUGUACCUGAAGUUUCUUAUGCAACACUCUCAAUUCUGUUGUCACUCUUAAGCCACGAGGGAAGGAAUAUGAAUACACAAAAUUGAAUUAGCACAGUACUUUCAAAGGGAUGCAUUUUUACAUUUGAAUUUAUAGGCAUUAGAAGUAUUGACUUCUGAGAUGUAGUGCAUUAACUUGAAUAAUGGUAAUGUCUGAGGCAAACCAGUGAUGUUGUGCAUGUUAUAACCUAGUUGUUAUCAAGAGCUCAUAAGCAUGGUAACAUUUGAAAUACAGUUGGAAAUGCAUUUGUUGCAUUCUCAACGGCAGGGUCUAUUUACUCUAGCUCCUCCUCAUGUAUAUCCAGGUCAGUAUAUUAGCAUUUUUCCCCACUUUGACCUUUUUGU